AUGACAGUCCUCCAGGACUCUUGUUUAACACACGUCAUAAUUUCGGAGGCAAAAGUUCUCCAUCUUCUUCAGGGGCGAAAUCCUGCUAAAUCCGCUGGGAUGAAUGAUAACCAACCUAUACUUCUGUACGAACUCGCAAGCGAGCUAUGUGGCCCAGUGACGCGUUUGUUUCAAUUGUUGCCUCGCAGCUGCUCCUUUCCAAAGGACUGGAAGGAUGCUAUCUUGUGCCAGAUUUUUAAAAAUGGCGAGAUGCAUCUCCCUGCCAAUUAUAGGCCGGUAAAUUUGACAAGCGUACUGGUCAAGGUAUUAGAGAAGUUGAUCAGAGAUGUGCUUGAAGACUACUUGCAGGAGUUUGGUCUGCUCAGUCCACUGCAACACGGCUUUCGCAAGGGUCAUUCCUGUAUGACUAAUUUUCUAGUUGCACGUGAAGGUUGGGCGGAUGCUUUGGAGCGUGGUCAUGCAGUAGAUGUAGUGUUUGUUGACUGCUCCAAGGCGUUCGACACU